UCCAAAACAGAGCUCUGACGUUUCUAAAGGAAUCUGUUAGCAGUGCUGCUCCAAGCUCAUCUGUCUUGGACAGACUCGAGACUCAUUUCUAUUUUAAAUCAGAUGGCUCCAGAGAUGCCUGCUUACUGCGCGGCAUUCUUGUGGCAUGAGUUGUAUUUGCUUAGAUCUCAAGGGUGUAACAACAGAAGAACAGGCAAAAAGGUCAUAAACGUUUGGCAUCACAAUAGAUUUUCUAGAAUGCCAGCUGGAAACAGAGUUGAACAAAUAGACUGAAGUGUGCCUCAGGAUCCUUGUGUCCAGCAUUAAAUAAGGCUCUGAUUUCUGGUGGGGGUGGGAAGCCUUAGUGCUGAGACUGUAACACAAGUGUGCUCCUGUCAGUAAGAAUUAUCUUUUGCUGUUAGCAAAAACUGAUUCCGUUGGGAAAUGGAUGGUUUUAAAUAAACUGUCUGUUAAACAGGUGUCUUUCCACUUGUCUAUUAGAAAUAUAAAUGACUGAGGUUUUUAAUUUUAAGUCUUGAACGCUCCUGUUAUAAUCAGCAUUUACUAGCUGAGGACAAAUCAGAAAUGUUUUUGCCCUGCUCAGCUCCCCAGAUCUUACUGUUCAGCUUUUUCCUCAAUGACUCCGAGCCAUCAGAAAGAAGAGGUGGAAGAUAAUACCUACGCAAACAUGGAAGGGGCUUUGAUAGCCCGGGACAGAGUUGGGGUGCAGGACUUUGUGCUUCUGGACUCCCACACCAGUGAGACCUCUUUCCUGAACAAUCUUCGCAAGCGAUACCAGGAGAACCUCAUCUAUACAUACAUUGGUACUCUUCUUGUAUCUGUCAACCCUUACAAAGAGCUGGAUAUCUACACAGUGACACAGAUGCAGCUUUAUCGAGGGGUGAACUUUUUUGAACUGCCACCACAUCUAUAUGCCAUAGCUGACAAUGCCUACCGGGUGAUGUGCAGUGAAUACAACAACCAUUUCAUCCUCAUCUCCGGGGAGAGUGGAGCUGGAAAGACAGAGGCUUCCAAGAAGAUUUUGCAAUACUAUGCAGUAACCUGUCCAACUACAGAGCAGCUGCAGGUCGUCCGUGAUCGUCUGCUACUGUCCAAUCCUGUUCUGGAGGCUUUUGGAAAUGCAAAAACUCUGCGUAAUGACAACUCAAGUAGAUUUGGGAAAUACAUGGAUAUCCAAUUUGAUUUUAAGGGAGCUCCGGUAGGAGGGCACAUCCUCAGUUACCUGAUUGAGAAAUCCCGAGUUGUCCAUCAAAACCACGGAGAGAGGAAUUUCCAUAUUUUCUACCAGUUAUUAGAGGGUGGAGACAAGGAUCUUCUUUGUUGGCUUGGGCUGGAGCGCAACCCCCAGAAGUAUGCUUAUCUCAUACAGGGUCGAUGUGCCAAAGUGUUUUCUAUUAAUGACAAGAAUGACUGGAAAAUAGUCCGCAAAGCUUUUUCUAUCAUUGACUUUACUGAGAAAGAUUUAGAGCAUCUCUUUGGAAUUGUGGCUAGUGUCCUGCACCUGGGGAACAUUCAGUUUGAAGAAGAUAGCAACGGACAUGCCAUCAUUCGCAAUGGCACUCAGAUCAAAUGGAUUUCAAAGCUACUAGGUGUCCACUUGUCCAUUCUGCAAGAAGCCCUCACCCAUCGGAAGAUCGAAGCCCGAUCCGAAGAGGUCCUAAGCCCAUUAAAUGUGGAUCUGGCAUUCUAUGCUCGCGAUGCAGUUGCAAAGGCAAUUUAUGGACGGACUUUCACUUGGCUGGUCAACAAAAUUAAUGGCUCUCUAGCCAACAAGGAUUCAACUCGGAAAACAGUUAUUGGCCUGCUGGAUAUCUAUGGUUUUGAAGUGCUGGACACAAACAGCUUUGAGCAGUUCUGCAUUAAUUACUGCAAUGAGAAACUCCAGCAGCUGUUGAUUGAGAUGACCUUGAAAGCAGAGCAGGAGGAGUAUGAACUGGAAGGAAUAGAGUGGGAACCAAUUCCAUAUUUUAACAAUAAGAUCAUCUGUGACUUGGUUGAGCAGAAGCAUAAAGGAAUAAUCUCCAUUCUGGAUGAAGAGUGCUUACGACCUGGUGAAGCAACUGAUUUGAGCUUCUUGGAAAAGCUGGAAGAGAAAGUAGGAGAUCACGCCCACUUCGUGACUCGCAAGCUUGCAGACCAGAAAACACGAAAAUCAAUCGAUUGGGUGGAUUUUCGCCUCCUUCAUUAUGCAGGAGAAGUCACGUACUGUGCUGUUGGAUUUCUGGAAAAGAACAAUGAUCUCCUAUAUAGAAACCUGAAAGAGGUGCUGUGCAACUCUAAAAAUGGAAUCAUUAGAGACUGCUUUUUACUGUCAGAACUAGACAACAGGAGGAGGCCAGAGACUGUUGCAACCCAGUUCAAAAACAGUCUGAUGAGUCUAAUAGAAAUCUUGAUGUCCAAGGAGCCUUCUUAUGUGCGCUGUAUUAAACCAAAUGAGAACAAGGAGCCUGGGAAGUUUGAUGAUUUCCUGAUCCGACAUCAGGUGAAAUACCUGGGACUGAUGGAGCACUUGCGGGUGAGACGAGCUGGCUUUGCAUAUCGGAGGAAGUAUGAACUCUUCUUGCAAAGGUAUAAAUCCUUGUGUCCAGCGACGUGGCCACACUGGCAUGGGCCAGCAGCUGAGGGUGUGGAGAGGCUCAUCAAGCAUAUUGGUUAUAAGCCUGAGGAAUACAAGUUAGGGAGAACCAAAAUAUUCAUUCGUUUCCCAAAGACUCUGUUUGCUACUGAAGAUGCAUUUGAAUUCAGAAAGCACCUCUUAGUUUCAAGACUACAAGCCAAAUACAAAGGAUGCCUUGGGAAGAGGGAGUACCGGAAGAAGAGAGAAGCAGCUAUCAAGCUGGAGGCUUGCUGGCGAGGAGCACUGGCACGGAAGGAGGCCAAGAAGAGGAUGUGGGCUGUUCAGAUAAUCAGGAAAUUCAUAAAUGGCUUCAUCAAUCGGAAGAAACCUCUUUGCCCAGAGAACAUUGAAUUUGUGCGUCUUGUGCAGUACAGCUACAUCAUGAAGCUCAGAGACCGUGUUCCAAAAAAUGUUUUGGACAAGAGCUGGCUCCGACCUCCUUCUAUCCUGGAAGAGACAUCUGAGAUGCUAAAGAAAAUCUGCAUUAGGAACCUAGUAAGAAAAUACUGCAGAGGUGUCACUGCUGAGAGGAAAGUGCAGUUACAGCAAAAAGUUGUAGCAAGUGCCGUUUUCAGAGGGAAGAAGGAAGGCUACCUGCAGAGCAUAAACCAGCCUUUUGCGGAUACUCGACUGAAAGAGAAUGACAUAAACCCCAAAGUACUGCAGCUCAUCCAAGGUGAGAAGAUCAAGUAUGCAACCCCCGUGGUGAAGUAUGACAGGAACGGGUUCAAAGCUCGAGAGCGCCUGCUUGUUCUGACCCAGUCCUCGGCAUAUGUGGUGGAAAUGGCAAAGAUCAAGCAGAAGAUAGACUACGCCACUUUGAAAGGUAUUUCUACCAGUAACCUGAGUGAUGGGAUUGUAGUCAUUCAUGUUCCUGAGGACAACAAACAGAAGGGAGAUGUGAUCCUUCAUUGUGAACAUAUCUUCGAGGUAGUCAGUAAACUCUGCCUGCUGGCCAAUAAGCAAAAUCUUGUUAAAGUUGUGCAGGGAAGUCUUCGUUUUCGCAUUGGCUCUGGGAAGGAAGGGACCAUGGUGUUUACUGUUGGGCAGGAGUCGCAGAUCUUUAAAGCCAAAAAUGGACAACUAACAGUGGUGUCAACCCAAGCAAAGUCUUGAUGAGAAGCAGUUCCUGUUUCUGGUCACUGUCUUGGCUAGGAACAGAAAGGAGCCUGCAGGAUGAGACCAGCACCCGCAUCUCCCCUGAAAUCUUUGAUGCCAUAGGGCUGCUGUGCUUUGAGAGUUUGCUUGUGUCUGUUAGGCACCUUUUUAUAGCUUAAAACUACUCAGUUUUAUCACAACUCAUUACCUUGCUGUAACAUUCCAGGAAGCAUAGAUGCUUGUCACAUGCUGUCACAGGGAGAUGUUUAAACAAAACGUUGCAAUUCCACUUGUAAAAUGUCGAUCUCUGCACCACGUAUAACCUAAGGCCGAGAGCGCUGACCAGUCAGGAAGCAUUCAGAUAGAAUGGAAGGUUUCUCCAAGCUGUACUUUGUGUACUUUACGUCACUGUACUAAUCCCACGAACAACGUGAAAUGCAGAUGAAUGAAGUUGUUUCUCUCAGGCAGCAUGCAGAGCUAUGUUUGAAUGCAGCAGCAAGGCUGGCACUCAUCUUUCUGAGUUGAUGCAUCCUCAGGAUAUCUCAGCAAGCUGCUUUGUCUACUCUGCUGUGGGGCUAGGAGAUUGUUCCUGUCCCUGCAAAGCAGCUAUGCACAGUGCAGUGAGACUCCAGGGGUGGCAACUUGACGGAUGACCACAGCUCUUCCCCUUUAAGAGGGAUGACAUGCUGCCUUGGUGUAAUUCAGUUCAGAAGAAAACAGUCUCCUGCUGGUUAAGAACCUUUGUAUCUAUCAGAGCUGAGAUUCUGCUCACUCCUGAGAGUGGGGUAGGCAUCACUGUUCCCCUAAGGUGUGUAUUGUGGCAGCUACAAGGGCAAUUCCCUCUGCUCUCUCCUGCCUGGAAGCUGCAGUGGUGCUGCCAGUCUGGUUGUAGUCCUUACUCUGCUGCCUCAUGUUGAGGCAAACUUGCUUGGUCUAGGCUGAAACUGCAGCCUAAGGAGCCCUGACUUGCUGACUUCAAGUUCUGCAGUCCUUAGAGUGAGAUUAGUGGUGACUUGGCCAUGAGGUUACCAGGAGGUAAAGCUAACAGCUGAGUGAGGAGGGUGUGCAAUAUUGCUUACCGAAAGUUCUCUUGAGCUCCACGGACCCUAAGGACAGCAUGCUAGCCAGUGAACUCCAAAUGAGUAAUAAAGCAACUCCCAUGUAAAUAUGAAAUAUUUUCUAAUUUCUUUUGUUAUAUUAAAAAAAAAAAAGUACAUAUUGCAAACAUCAACCAUACACUGAAAUCCAUCUUAAGCUUUUUUGUGUAUAAGUACAAAAUGGGAGGGAAUGAUUGUACAGAACACGAAACACAACACUUCCGUUAAGACUAAAAGGUUCCACUCGCCCCUUGCACAAAGGUAAGACUGGAGCUUGGAGACUUCCCCCAGGGCUUUGACCAGGUCAUGUCCUGCAGCAGGGUGGGCUCCAGAACCUGGCUGUACAAAUACAGGAGCGGCUGCUUUGUGGAGCUCCAGCUAUUCCGAGAGGUGGGAGCAAACGCGUUCUCAGCUAGCCUGGGGCUGGUGAUUACUCUUGCCUGUUCUGUACACCCCUAACGGUGUCACCAGCUGCUGAUUUGAAGCUUUUCUGCAUCGUUCUAAUGGACAAAAAUCACUUCCAAGGGCAAGGCUUCAGCCUGCGCUACUCUAGUGUCAGUAUUACUGGGUGCUGGAGGGUACCAUGCACGAAUCCCAGGAGCCAGGGCUGCACUGUUUAUGCCAUGCAGUACUCCAGAAGCUUAGGCGCUGCUUGUGAGCAGGGCGGCUGCCCUGCACCCUAACCUCCCCCGAAAGCUGCAGUGGCAAAACCAUUUAAAGUCAAAGGCUCAAGAGCUAGGAGCAUUUGUGCAAUGGCAGUAAGUGGCUGUGGGAGCUGGUUUUGUUCACUAAGUCUCAACAAAGCAAGGACAAGCGGCCAGUAUGUAAAGGCUGUUGUAACGUGACAGCAAUACAGCGUUAUUAACACUGUUAUUACACAGCUGGGGCAAUUAGCUCAGAUUGGAGUGUGUUAAGGCAGAGCCUGCCCUUAAUCCAAUACCAAAACUGAAACCUACUCAAACUCUCCUGGAGUGACUAAAGCAAUGCCUACAAUAAACAGCUGUAAAAGAUUAAAAAAAAAAAUCACCCCCUAUCUUUUAAGAACGUAGUUUGCAAGACCUGAACGAGGAAAUCCCGAAGCCAGUUACGAAUCUAUUUACAGAGACGUUAAUCACAGAGCUGUGACCUGUCAGGUGCUCAGCACCGGUGUCGACACGUCAUCUGGAGCCAAAGCUGCUCUUGCACCCCAGGAAGGGACCGGAUGGUGUUUGACCAGCCCCCACUGGCCAAAGCUCCUCUGCCCCUGUGCUGAGCCACCUGCUGGCCCCACAACCGCACACCCAGCCGAGCAGGAGGGUGAGGUGGCCUGGCCCCCACACACCCAGGACCGAGUCAGUUCCGUAUCGCUAACAAAGCGAGCAGGGGUUGCUGCAGGACUUGCGCUGUAUUGUACGGGACGCAGCUGGUGCUUUCACACCCCCCCCCCAUGGCCUGCAAGAGCACAGCACAGCCGCUGAGACACAGGAGUCAGAAAAUGGCUUAAAACGGGGCAGAGCGUAGCCCCCCUCGAGGGCAGUAGGCCUGUUACGGACACUCAGACCCCCACCAACGGCCCCGGAAUUCACCAGUAAGUGUCAAAGUACACGGUGCCAGAGAGCAACCCCGGGGACUUUACUUCCAUGCUCCCCAGCUUAUCGCAUGAGGAAGGUCAGGGAGAGGCACUGGGGCCUCACAACGAUCUGCACCAUGGACUUGUACGAACCCACAGCGUGCACCGGUGCCAACGCAUGCAGGUACGGCUUAAAACAGGAGCCCAGGGUAGGAAGGACAUAGCUGAAGCUGCUGAACUACACCGAUACGGCCGGGCACUGCUGAGUUCUUACUUAUCAGUAGCUGAAGAAAGAUAAGAGGAGACAGGACCAACACUCACAUCUGCCACAGACGGUGUCUGUGAUUUAGAAAAGUCUUUGGUUACUAGAAAGACAGCUUCGGCCUAACCGUGGAAGUUUUUAGUCUUACAUGAUGCCCCAGAAGCGUACCACCGAGCAAACAAAAGGCUUUAGCCUUAGCAGUUAGAUCCCAGACAGCUUCUCUGCAAUUUGAAAUAAAAGCAGCAGCGUAACAUAGCCGGUGAUGCUGACCACACCUUUGGUUUUGGGCGUGUCAGGACGCCACCAUCAGCCCUGAGCCAGGAGCAGGACUCCUUGGAGCACGAAGUUUACAGAAGCAAAUACCCGCCUCACUGCGUAAAGAGCUGCUGCUCUGUGAGCCACCUGGCUGUCGAGGCCAGCGUUAGAUAUUCCAGGUGAAGAGUGAAAAAUAAUGGAAUAAACCGAAGUACUGUGGGGGCUGCCAGGCUGCCAUCCUGCCUGGAAGUUUAAGACUCGCUGCCGCUGGUUUCUCUCCCUGCCAAGAUUUGCUGCAUUGACCAUUACAGCCGUAGCUCUUCUCACUAUCCUUUAGCAUCCAAUCCUAUUGAGUUACACACGAUCUUCUACCACUAUAAUUGCUACUUGACUCCACACGAGGCAACACGAGACUAGGAGGUAGAUAAAACACUCAUUUAUAAUAGAGGACUACUCUCAGGAAGCGAGACGAUACAGCUUUCUCUACACAUUUCAGCUCCGCCCUUUGACACACAGCUGCCAUUUCUGCAAAGAGACUUGGAAAUAUGCUCAGGGAAAGGCAAACGAGGAUCAGCCACCUCUGGGCCACCGUCCUUUCCUCCCCGUGGUACUCACUGCGAGACAACGCUCCUCUAUCAGUCACAGAACCCAACUACGGCUGCUGGCCUCCAGCCUACGUGAGGCAGGCAUGGAGUGGUUGAACCCGCGAUGAAAUCUAACCCGUGGUGAAGGCAGGACAGCAAGCACGGCUUACUGAUCCGUAAUUUGAUGGAAGUAGGCCCCCCAGUGCAGGUGUGGGGUCAGGCAGAAGUUCUAAGCUCCAACUGGUAGCAACACCCCCAAGGAAAAGCCGUCCGGUGCAACUAGCUCCUGACCCUCCGUCUGGAGGAAUUUUAACAUCUCCCCCCCAGCACUGCACCGACAAAGCAAAGGGGUUUUUUGAGACAAAGGUCUCCACAAUUCCGUGCUGGAGAAGCUCCA